UUGCAAAAAUGACCAAGACAUGUUUGCUUUGUGGUCAUCAAUUGUUUGGUAACAAUUUUGAUUCUCUAAUGUGUGAAACAUGCAAAUCGUUUUUUAUGAGUAAUGCAUUCAAUGAAAAGGAUUGGAUUCAUUUAAAUAGACUAAAAUCUGAUCAACAAUUUAGAGAAGAGAUUAACGAAAGAAAAAGAAAAUACAGUAAAAUAACAGAUAAGAAGUCAUUACCAAAUUGGGACUAUUGUGACACAAAUUGCAACUUAUUUAACAUUUAUGAUACAAUCAAUAAUAUUGAUAUUAUCAAUGAAGUUAAUACACAGAUACAAAAAAUUGAUAACAGUAUCGAAGUCAACGAUAUUAUUGAUAUAUCAGAUGACAUAUCGGAAAUGACUUACAAAAAAGUUGCCGAAUUAGACAAUACUCCCAUACCUAUAGCCCGACCUAUAGUUAGUCAGCAGUUGAUAUUCAAUGAACUCGAGGCCAACAAAUUGUGUGAACUGUUUAGUGCCACAAACUUUUUCUCGGAAUCGGAAAAUCGGUUCACUUCGGGGACAACAAAUUACAGUGAUAUGCAUCGUAUUAUGUGCUCUAAGUUUGAUCAACAGGUGCUUCAAAUUGUAAGGAUGUCCACAACGUUGACAUCAUUUAACGGUAUUUGUGAAAAUGAUAAGAUAUGUCUCAUUAAAUACGGUUCACUCGAACUGUUUUGUAUGCGUGCCGUUCCCUUCUAUGAUUAUAUUACCGAUCAUUGGACUUAUGCUAUGGACAAUAAUAAUGCAUUAAUACUAAGUCUUGAAGUAAUGCAUGAAUUUCCGCACAAUUUGUAUGCAUAUUAUAAACAGUUUUUAAACAAAAUAUGUAAAGAAUGGGAAUAUGAUUCUGUUAUUUUAGAUUUGUUGACAGCAAUAGUGCUUUUCAAUCCGGAUCGACCUUAUUUGCUAUAUAAAGAUAUUGUCAAAUUACAACAACAUAUUUAUAUGCAUCUAUUACAACGAUAUUUAUUUGUUAGAUAUAAAUCAAUUAAUAAAAUGAGAAAUAAAUUUUUAAAAUUAUUGAACGCUUUGAUGGAUUUGAAUGUAUUGGGAACGGCGUAUAGCAAAAUAUGUAUUGAAAAUACUAACAAACAUUUGGAGCUCAUGGGUGUGAUGUUUGACCAAAAAGAUAAUAUUACAAAUAAAAAAAAUUUUAAAUGUUAAU